UGCCCCGGGAAACCACCCGGCGCCGGCGCGCGGCUACGAGGGGAGCCCGGGAGUGGGAAAGACGUGACGAGUCAAGAUGGCGAAGGACCUGGACGAGCUCUUGGAGGAGGUCGAGUCCAAGUUUUGCAGACCAGACCCGUUGAAACGGGGCGUGGUCGAGCGGCCCAGUGGCCGCGGCGGCGGCUUCCUCAGCCACGAUCGGAACCGAGCGGAGGCGAAAGACUCUCUCAGAUCAAAAGAAACAUUUAAAAAAGAAGAGGAUCUUGACAGUCUUAUUAAUGAAAUAUUUGAAGAGCCCAACUUUGACAAAAAACCCUUUAAAUUAAAAUCUAAGUCUUCAGGUAACACAUCUGUCAGAGCUUCCAUUCAAAGCCUUGGUAAAAGUUGCAGCCCAGUGUACCUCGGUGGAAGUUCUGCUCCUCCUGGGAUUGGAACAAAUGCUUCACAGAGAACGUGUGACCAUCUGCGUUGUAUAGCCUGCGAUUUCUGGGUAGUAAGCUAUGAUGACUAUAUGUGGGACAAAUCAUGUGAUUAUCUCUUUUUCAGGAACAAUAUGCCAGAAUUCCACAAAUUAAAAACCAAGUUGGUAAAGAAGAAAGGAACGCGUGCAUAUGCCUGCCAGUGUAACUGGAGAACUGUUGAAGAACUGACUGACCUUCAGAGAGAACAUCAACUUCGUUGGGUUUGUGGUAAACAUUAAGAAUGCAGACUUCACAUUCAGACAAAUGUGACCGUGAGAGCAGUCUCCAUUAAUCAUAAUGUUUAGGUAAAGGUACAUGCAGUAUCAUGCCCUUUGGGAAAAGACGGGAAAUUUCAUUUAAUGACUGCACAAAUUUUUGAAGACCAGAUGGACAUGGGAAGUUAAUGAUAAGUAAUUUCAUUUGAUAAUGAGUUAUCAAAAUUCUCCUUUGCUGGUUUAUCUCCUGUUAAUUAGAAGUUUAAUUAUGAAGCUUCAUACAAAUAUAUAGUCAUUCACUAGCAACUACAGUAUUACUGGCUACUAAUAUACUUAGUAUAACAUUCUUCCUUUAUAGCAAUUAGAGGGGAUAAAGCUGGCUAGGGUAGAGGUCACUGAAGGGUGUACACAUCCCCUUCUCCAGAAAGAUCUAUGGUUACCAAAGAUCAAAAUUUCAGUGUGGCAGAAACAAGAUCAAUGACUAACUGAAAGGUUUCAGGAGUAUAGAUAUAUUGUAAAAGCACUGCCCAUAUCUGAUCUUACCUCAUCAACUCAAAGCAAUAUUAUACACAAUAAUGAUAACUGUAUAUUUUCAGUUUUUAUAUACUUUUUCCUCCUGUUAACUUAGGUAUCAAAAGUUUAGUUUCGUUUUCUAUUUUAGCAGAUAUCCACUUAUAUAUAAAAAAUAUUGAUACAAUUAAAAUCACAAGGAGAGAUCCUAAUAUAGCCUUAAGCACCAUCAAAUGAAGUGAACAGCAAGUAAGAUAUUUUCUCAGGCAGUCUGUUGAUUUUCUGGUAAGAUCAGGUUGACAUUAGAUGAGUGUGAGUGCAUGAAAAGAGAAGUGAAAUAUGGCUGAACCAGCAGGCAGCCUUUUGGGUACAUUCUUAACUUCACUGAGAGGAGGAACCUACAAUAGCGGCACAUUCGGGAAAUCAGCUAUCAGCAACCAGGUCCAUCUAGAGAUUCUGGGGACUUUCCAAUCUGCCAAAAGUUCUUUACUCAUGUGUCUAAUAUACAAUUCAUAUGUGUGACACAAGGCAUGUUACAAAGGAAUAACUGAAACAGUUUUAAUCUGCUUAGUCUUAUACUGAAUUCAUUCCAGCGACCCUCCUUCAGCACCAAAAAAAGAACUGGUCAUGAAGAACUUUCUAGCCGUGACAUAUUUGCAUAUGUGUAAAACUGACUCUAGUAAGUCUAGCAUUUGCAACAAAAUAGUGGCAGAUACUCACAUUUUUGUAUUAAGAAUAUGUUUGUAAAUCAUAUCUUUAAAUAAAAAAUUUUACU